AUGACAAGGCCAAAUAAGCAUACAUUUGCUCGAUGGUGGAAUCUAAAGAGGGGUGGCAUACAAAAACUCGAACAAGUGGCAACCGUGGACCUUUCUCUAUCCUCCUCAGAAGCUUCAGAAAAUAAAGAUGACAUAAAUGCAGAAAUUCUUGACCUCAUUGUCGAUGAUUUUGGAAUGACAACAACGCAAAAACUUUUCCAGAAGCUUUUCGAGAUGGAUAAUGGCAAGAAGGAUGACGAAAAUAACGAAGAGCCUGGCAUGGAAAAUAAACAAUUUAAAAAGGGACAAGAGACAACUCAUUUCAUAGAAGAGGGAGAUUUUUCAAAAAGUGAUCAU